AUGGACUGGAAAACCGCCCUGACCGCCGACCUGCAGACCCUCCACGAAAUCUCCCAUCGCGCCAGGGCAAGCCACGUCGAUCCCUCCAACAGCGGCGGCGGACAGCAGACCCCGUUGUUCAUCGACACGCCUCCUCCCCAGAAAACCAAAGAGCGCAGCACCGCCACUCCCCUCCCAAUCCCCACAACAUCUGCACCUGCAGAGGCGGUCUUGGCUUCCUUCCGCUCUCUCCCACCAGCAACACAUUAUGAACAUCCCGCCCAUCAAGUCCUCCGUUCCACCGCGCACAAGCUGCAGGCUCUCCUCGAGCUGUACCUGCAAGCCUACGAGGGCGAGGAUCUGGACAAGGCGGAAGAAUUGCGGCGGAGAUUGCAUUGGGCGGUUGGGGAGGGGGGGAAGUAA